GACAAAAGUACCAGUUGUACUUUUAAUUUCCCACAAAUAUACAAAACAAACAAACAACCAGAAAUAAAAUGGAAACACGUUAUAGGAAGCGUAUUUACUAUAUAACAUAAAAAAACUAUACAGUUUUGCUGGACUCAUAGCAAACAAGGUAUUUUGACUGUAAAGUUUGCUGACCCCUGCAAUAGACAAAUUACCAACCAUUAUUUUAAUUCAAGUGAAACCAAAUAUGCCUAUUUGUGUUGUAAAUGCUGUUCACCGUGGAUUACGGAUUUACUUUAGAAAUUUACUUAAUUUACGUAAUUUCCCCACGGAGAUUUUCAGAAUAAAUGGGAUUUUUGUUUUUACACAAUUGGCUGCUAUAAUCAUGUGCUUUACAUUUCCACAUAUGAGCUUCACAGAUUUUAACUGACUACCGAGCAUACGUGAGAAAGAUUCAUCAACAUUUAUUGAAUGCAAACCUUUGUGUUUGUAUUAAAUGGAGACCGCGAUUUCCAAUACUAGUCUACUUGUGUCGGAUUUACGGACAUGCUUGCCUUUCACAAUAUGGCGGAUGCUUUGGCGUGUCCGGUGCGGAAUAAAAAUCGGGUACAUUGGUUCCUAUGUAAAAAGGUCCUAGAAAGGAGCUUUCUUAACAGUGCCAUCUUGUGGUAGAUAUAAUUCCCAGACGAGGGGUAAUAUUUGUAUUUCGGAACAGAGUAAAAUGUCAAUUCUGUUUGUAAUGUAACACUUAGUAUCUAGGAGAACAGCACGUUAAACGUUAGGUUUGUCAAAGCAGCAUGUCAAAAACGUUAGCUUAUUUUCCGCGUCAAUGUGGCGUCGCACGUCUACAGUUUGGCGAAACUCCAUUCGACAUUCUCAAUGAUUUCCUCAAUAAUUUAAACAACAUUAACAAGGACUAUCUUGAUGGCUUACCGAAAUGGAGCGGAACCUUUAAACAGAAAGGACUCGUUGAAUACAUCUUCUUGAUCACUCAAGAACUGAAACUUGAUCCAUCAGUAGGAUACCAUGCCAUUGAACUGCUGCAGAGGUUUAUGGUAAAGCAUGUUGCAGAUACGCUUGCCAAAAUCCCAAUUCAAAGUGUAGCUAUUAACAAGGCAAAGAGUUAUGGGGAUCUGAUUUUUGACAAUCUCAAAGAUAAAUUCCCUCUGAUCCUCUUCUCUUGUGUGCAGCUUGCAAACAAACUGUUUUUGCAUUGUCAUAUGAUAGACGCCUCCACUGCUGUACAGUUCCUGUAUUCUUUCGGCCUCAGUGUUUCCAAACAGACCCUCCUGGAAUCAGAGCUGAUGGUCUUUAAAGGCGUUGAAUACAGACUUGAUGUCAUUAACUCUCUGACGUACGUGGAAGUCAUUCUGGAGGUCCUUGGGCACAAUGAGCCGUCCAUGCCUGUAGAGCACCUUUAUCAGCUCUGCCAUAAUGUCCUCCAGUACGUCACCCUGAACCAGACUACAAUCUAUGAGUCUCUGCUAAGAAGUGUCUCUCAGUGUCUCAGCCCGUCCAGGGAACAGAGGGAAAAUUUUGUGACAGUGACUGAGGAUCGCAUGCUUCUUGGAGUUUGUGUCAUUGCAGUGGCAACAUACAUCCUCUGUUUCAAAAAAUGGAGACAGGUGGUUGAUGAGCUGAGCCACAUCACAGGAAUCACCAGAAGAAACAUUGCUAAUUUUGCUCAAGUGGUAAUAGAGCACAUUCUUGAGACCAGUUCUUCAGCGGUGUAGACUAGGAAACUCACAGUAGUGACGCUGUUAGAAGUUCAACAUAUCUAGAUGGAAAAUGUCCAGCAUGCAAUUUAGGGGAACAAUUUCUCCAUCCCCGAAAACGAAUUACAACUGUGUUCUAGGAAUUUAAUGUGUUUCGGGAAAUUUCUGUAAAUGUUAUAUUUAUUUUGCUGAUCAGAAAAAAAAUGGGAAAGAUUUGUAAAUUAUUUUUGGUCUCACUUUGUUGACAUAUUUCACAAUAAAUCUCAUCCUGUUUCAUCUGCCA